AUUACCUUUUGUAUUUCCCCUUAGGUUAAUAGUUCCAACAUUUAAUUUAUCAAACAUUUUAGUUUCAAAUACCUCCAACUAAAUUAUUAGCUAAUACUUGUAAUUUAUAGUAUUACCAUCUCACAUCAAAGAGUAACAAUAGUAAUGAUAAUAGUAAGAAAUUAACUUUGGUUUAUAAUGUUUAAGAAAGAUAGGGUCACAAACUUACAUGUAGUAUUAUUGUAUUGGGUUGUUAUUUAAUUUCCAAAUCAGAACUAAAAUUUACAUUUUACUACGUUGGUAAAAAUUGUCAUCUUUUAAUUACUUAUGUUUAUGACCUAACUUCAUAUCGACUACUCUGAUAAACAUACAUUAUCUUUGUUCCCUAGUGAUCAAAUGACUAAUAGAUUAGUUAGGGAAGUACCGAUAACAUAUAAAACUCUUGUAACAUUUUUUAAAAGAUAAAUAUCAUGACUUUUGUUGUUGACUUAAACCUCAUCGCCACAUAUAAAUACAAACCCCAUCAUCAACAUCAUUAUUGUCUCGUGCAAACUCUGACACUUACGAAGAAAUCAAUAGUAACAAACCUAAACCAUAGUCUACGUAACCAACAAGACAUGACAGAAGAAUUCGACACUACGGGAGUUUGUAACGGAACAUGGUGGAGCUCCUCCAACGGCAUGUUCUCCGGCUGUUCUCUGCCACGUUCAGCGGAGAUUGUCGUCGAUCUCGGUGGAUUUGAAUGGCAAAACAUUGAUACCCUUGAUGCCAAAACCUACAAUGAGAACUAUCUUGAUACUUCCACAUUCUUAGGCAAUACAAAUCUUGAUACCACCUCACAAAUCUACGUUUCGAGUCAAUCUAACAUCCAUGAAGAAGAACGAUACAAUCAGAUAAAUAGUUUUCUAGAAGGAUUGUUUGAUUCUAAUUAUGAACAGUUAUCAUUUCCUGACUGUCCCAAACCAGAACUAUUCGAAAGCUUUCACUUCUUUGAUGACGUUUUCUCGAACGAAUCAAGAAUGAUAUCAGUCUUUGAUCACGACAAACCCAAGGACGACAUGCAAGCCUCCAAGAGUCUGAUUACUUGCAAGAGAGCAAGUGAGAAAACUGAAGAACACGAAGAUAUUGAGUCAUCACAGCCAUUAAAAAGGCCAAGGCUUGAGACACCAUCUCAUUUUCCGAGCUUCAAAGUUCGUAAAGAGAAACUCGGAGAUCGAAUCACUGCGCUUCAACAGUUAGUUUCACCCUUUGGCAAGACAGACACUGCUUCUGUCCUCCAUGAUGCUAUAGAGUAUAUCAAGUUUCUACAAGAACAUAUCACUGAAAAGGUCUCGAGUAGUCCACACCUGAACUCUAAAGGAUCUGGUGAACAGAAGCAGUGGUCAGACAAAUCAAGCAAUAAUACUCAUAAUCAAGAUUGUAGUCCAAGACUAGAUCUUCCAAGCCGUGGUCUUUGUCUGAUGCCGAUCUCAAGUACUUUCUCCACUCCUCCACAGCAUUUGGACGCAUCUAGUUUCUGGAAUUAGACUGUUUUAAUUAAAACAAAAUUAUAACAUUACGCAUGAACUCAUAGAUAAGUUUUGUUCUAUGAACUGUAAAGUCUGAUGUUGUUUUAUAAAAUGUGAUGUCUCGUUUCGUUACU